CAAUAAGGACACAAGGAAAGUGGUAGCGUACCCUUGUCACUUCCCAAAGUCUCCCAGCGGGAUACCGGUGCCCUCUGCCCUUAAUCAAGAUGGCCGCCUUGGGAGGGCUCUAGCGCACAGUGGCAUAUGGCGGUGCUUCCGGUCCCGCUGCCCUCAGCGAAGAUGGCGGCAGUGGAGAAGCGGCGGCAAGCGGUAGCACCGCCGGCCGGUUUCACAGACAGCGGCCGCCAGUCGGUAUCCCGGGCGGUGGGGGCGGCCGAGAGCGAGGAGGACUUCCUGCGGCAGGUCGGCGUGACGGAAAUGCUACGUGCGGCCCUGCUGAAGGUGCUGGAGGCGCGGCCCGAGGAGCCGAUCGCCUUCCUGGCUCACUACUUCGAGAACAUGGGCCUGCGCUCGCCUGUAAACGGCGGCGCCGGGGAGCCCCCGGGCCAGCUCCUGCUGCAGCAGCAGCGCCUGGGCCGCGCGCUGUGGCACCUUCGCCUGGCCCACCACUCCCAGAGGGCCGCCUUCAACAACAACGUGAGUGUGGCCUACGAGUGCCUGAGCGCCGGCGGGCGCAGGAAGAGGCCGGGGCUGGACGGGCGCACCUACAGCGAGCUGCUCAGGCGCAUCUGCCGGGACGGCCAAGCCCCCGAGGAGGUGGUGGCGCCGCUGCUGCGCAAGGUGCAGUGCCGUGACCACGAGGCGGUGCCGCUGAGCGUCUUCCGCGCGGGCACACUCACCUGCUUCGUGCUGCUGGAGUUCGUGGCGCGCGCCGGCGCGCUCUUCCAGCUGCUGGAGGACCCGGCCGCCGCCGUGGCCGACCGCCGCGUGGGCCAGGCCGUGCUGGACACCCUGGAGGGCGCGCUGCAGGCCAGCGACGCCGCCGCGCCCGCGCGCUUCCUGGAGGCCGGCUCGCGCUUGGGGCCCGACAGCCUGGCGCUGGCGCUGGACCGCGCCGUCGGGGGGCGGCGGCCCAGCGCGCCCAUGACCCGCGAGGAGUUCCUGGAGAGGGCCGCCGCGCUCUUCAUCGCGAAGGUCAAGCCGGUGGGCUGAGCCCCGUGGGCCGCGCGGAUCCGGGAUCUGCACUGGGGGGUCCCCGCGUGCGGGGCGCGCGAAGCCUUCCUCUCGCCCUGGUGAGGCCCUGCCGUAACCAGGCGCCCAGCCCUGAGGAGGAGGCCGGGGCUCCCAGGAAGCGGACGCCCCGUCCCCACACAGCGCCGCGGCCGCCCCUCCACCCCCGCGGGAGCCCCUGCCCCACGCUAAUAAAAUCUGUUGCGAGGCUGA